CUAAAUGUACCUCUUUCCCAACUCCAUUCACUUUGCUUGCUACGGAAGAUUGCGGAUGAACGAGCUACUGCUGUUCUAGGUAAAAAUCCUUUGGAGAGCUUAUAGUGCGCGUCCUUUAUCCGUCUUUAUCGCCGCCGUAUUUUCGCAAUGGCUUCUAUUCUUCGACGAUCGAGCCUUCUGCUGGCCGAAAUCGCAAGCAAAUCUUCCCCAAAGGUGCUUGCAGCUGGGUGCCAGAAGCGUCACCUAAACGUACAGGAACACGUAUCAUACUCCUUCCUAAAUGAAGCGGGAAUUCCAACGCCCAAAUUCGGCGUAGCAACGUCCGGAGCGGAAGCUAAAAAAAUUGCCUCUGAUCUUAAUACGAAAAAUCUGGUGUUGAAGGCCCAGGUACUGGCAGGUGGUCGUGGUAAGGGUAGCUUCAAGAAUGGUUUGAAGGGAGGAGUGCGAGUGGUGUUUUCACCACAGGAAGCAGAAGAUAUUUCUAGCAAAAUGGUAAAUCAAUUGCUCGUCACGAAGCAAACGGGUGCAGCGGGACGUAUUUGCAACUCAGUGAUGGUUGCCGAACGCAAAUUUCCACGGCGCGAGUUCUACUUUGCUGUUAUGAUGGAGCGCGCAUUCAACGGUCCUGUUCUGAUUGCUUCGUCCCAAGGAGGUGUUAAUAUUGAAGAGGUAGCCGCAGAAAAUCCAGAUGCCAUCGUAUACGAACCCAUUGACAUAAACAAAGGUUUGCAAAAGGAUCAGGCCGUUCAGGUGGCUAAGAAAGUUGGGCUAAAUGACAAGCUGGAGGAAACUGCUAAAAUGCUACUCAAUAUGUACGAUUUGUUCGUAAAGAAAGAUGCCUUGCUGAUUGAAAUUAAUCCUUAUGCCGAGGAUGCUGCUGAAACGUAUUUUGCUCUCGAUGCCAAAAUGCGUUUCGACGACAAUGCCGAAUUCCGCCAGAAGGAUCUGUUUGCCAAGCGUGAUCUGUCGCAGGAAGAUAAAAAAGAGGUUGAAGCAUCCAAGUUCGACCUCAAUUACAUCGCUCUCGAUGGUUCAAUUGGAUGUCUCGUAAACGGAGCUGGUCUAGCCAUGGCCACGAUGGACAUUAUCAAACUGCAUGGUGGUGAUCCAGCCAACUUCCUGGACGUUGGCGGCGGCGCAAGCGUAAAGGCGGUGAAGGAAGCGUUCAAAAUCAUCACUUCUGACCCGAAAGUGCAUGCCAUUCUGGUGAACAUUUUCGGCGGUAUUAUGCGUUGCGAUGUAAUUGCAGAGGGCAUCAUCCAAGCGACCAAGGAGCUCAAUAUCAAAAUGCCUAUCAUCGUUCGGCUGCAGGGCACCAACGUGAACGAGGCAAAGGACCUCAUCAAGAAGUCGAAACUGCGAAUUCUUCCAAAGGACGAUCUGGAUGAGGCUGCCAUGCUGUCAGUGCACUUGGCACAAAUUGUACACCUUGCUCGCGAGGCACACCUGGACGUGAGCUUCGAGUUGCCUGACACCUAUGUUGUUUAAAUUGUAUAUGAUAUAACGCUUAUUGCCGCGAGUCCCGCAUAUUGCGUACUUCAAAUGAACCACUGGAAAACUCUAUGUCGUUGAGAUAUGUUUGUCACCUGUACCAACACAACGCCCUGCGUGUAUUUAUUGCUAUUCCGAACGCGUUCGAAUUAAUGACGUCAUAUUCUUAUUCGCUGCAUGCACCACAAAUGCAACUCAAUCGCACUCGAUGUCCGAAGAUUGGUACUGUACUAAUCCUUAAGUGCUCGUACAACUGUGUUUGCUGUUACCAUCAAUAAAAUUGACUACAAAAUUGA